AUGCCAAUGAUUAAACCAAUGUCACAACAGGCGAAAGAACAAGAUGGGUAUAGACCACCAUUCACCAUGUUUGAUGAGAUGACCGCAGACAUGAUGGUCCAUCACAUCAAGCCGCUGGAGGACUUCCCAGACCUUGCUCUAAGCGAUGACAACCUUGAGAGCAUCUGUCCUACCUGUCACAACCAAGAACACCCUGAGAAGGGCAGGAGGAAUCCUGAGAAGGCAAAGAAGAGACGGGCGACGGUCAUGAAGAGUCCGGCGAACCCUAUUGAAUUU